CCGGCAGGAGGCUCCCGGCGGCCAUCUUGUGUCGGCUGAGGGGAGGCUGGCACAGGCCGACAGGACAGAUCUGCAGAGCCGGGAGCUGCGUUUCAUGACAAGAGAGAUUCGACUCUUGAGAGUCUGAAAGGCACAGCUGAACGUCUGAGGCAGCCACCUUCAACCUCAGCAGAGGUUGAGAAGAUUAAAGAGCAAAUCAGUGAAAAUAAGAACGUGUCAGUGGAUCUGGAAAGAUUUCAGCCGGUGUAUGAGACGCUUAAACAGAGAGGGAAGGAAAUGAUUGCUCGCUCAGAAGGAGCCGAUAAGGAUAUAUCUGCUAAAGCUGUUCAAGAUAAACUAGACCAAAUGGUCCUCAUUUGGGAAGACAUCCAGACCUUGACUGAGGAGAGGGAGGCCAAAUUGCUGGAUGUAAUGAAACUAGCCGCAAAGUUGUGGUGUAGUCACGUGGCUCUUGCAGCUACUAUUAAAGAUACUCAGGAGCUCAUUGGAGAACUGGAGGGACCUGGAGUUGACCCAUCUCUAGUCAAGCAACAGCAAGAAGACGCUGAGGCUGCUAAAGAUGAAAUUGAUGGACUGCAAGAGGAACUAGCAACAGUUCUGAGCCUUGGCUCUGACCUUGGAGCUGCUUGUGGAGAGCCUGACAAACCUAUUGUCCACAAGAGCAUAGAUGAGCUGAAUUCUGCCUGGGAUGCCUUAAGCAAAACAAGGAAAGACCGGGCAGAUAAGCUUGUUGAAGCUCUGCAGGCAGCUGUUCCAUACCAAGAAGGACUGCAGGCAAUGUUUGACUGGGUGGACAUUGCUGGCAGCAGGUUGGCAUCUAUGUCCCCAGUUGGAACGGGUCUGGAGACAGUGAAGCAGCAAACUGAGAAACUUAAGCAAUUUAAGACAGAAGGUUGUCAGCAGCAGAUGGAAAUGGAAGGACUGAGGCAUCAGGCAGAGCUGUUGCUGCAGAAGGUAACAGAGGAGAGUGACAAGCACGCAGCUCAAGACCUUGUCUCAGAGCUCAAACUAAUGUGGGACAGCCUAGAAGAAAAAGUCAUCAAUAGACAGCGCAAGCUGGAAGGUGCCUUGUUCGCCUUGGGGCAGUUCCAGCGCGCCCUGGAUGAGCUGCUGACGUGGCUGGCGCAUACAGAAGACUUGCUGAAUGAACAGAAACCUCUGGGUGGAGACCUCAGGGCUAUUGAAAUUGAACUUGCCAAACAUCAUGUGUGUAAUUAUGAUGAGCGUUAA